UGAUUGGCUACGGGCCGAUGGUCGGCGCGUGGAUUGGCGGCUCGGGGCCUGGGGGCCGAGCCCGAGGGGCAGAGUCCGCCCCCGAACCUACAAAUGGGAAGCCCCCCGUAGGCGUCCGCAGACUUAAGGCUGUGCUGCAGACCUCCGGGCCAGCGGGCCUGCGGACCGAGGGCGGUGAGGAGCGCGCGGGCGCAGAGGCACCAAGGCCUGUGCAGGGCGCUGAGCAGCUCGGCCGAGGCACUGCCGCGCCAGCCCGGAGGCCCCGGGGCCGUCGGGCGCGCGUCUCGAUUCCAGCUAUGGGGUCGGCGGCACUCGAGAUCCUCGGCUUGGUCCUGUGCCUGGUGGGCUGGGUGGGUCUGAUCCUGGCGUGCGGGCUGCCCAUGUGGCAGGUUACCGCCUUCCUGGACCACAACAUCGUGACGGCGCAGACCACUUGGAAGGGGCUGUGGAUGUCGUGCGUGGUGCAGAGCACGGGGCACAUGCAGUGCAAGGUGUACGACUCGGUGCUGGCGCUGAGCACCGAGGUGCAGGCGGCGCGGGCGCUCACCGUGGGCGCAGUGCUGCUGGCGCUUGUCGCGCUCUUCGUGACCCUGGCGGGCGCGCAGUGCACCACCUGCGUGGCCCCCGGCCCGGGCAAGGCGCGCGUGGCCCUCACCGGGGGCGCGCUCUACGCGCUCUGCGGGCUGCUGGCGCUCGUGCCGCUCUGCUGGUUCGCCAACAUCGUGGUCCGCGAUUUCUACGACCCCACCGUGCCCAUGUCGCAGAAGUACGAGCUGGGCGCGGCGCUGUACAUCGGCUGGGCGGCCUCGGCGCUGCUCAUGUGCGGCGGCGGCCUCGUGUGCUGUGGCGCCUGGGUGUGCGUCGGCCGCCCGGACUUCAGCUUCCCGGUCAAGUACUCAGCGCCGCGGCGGUCCACGGCUGGGGGCGACUACGACAAGAAGAACUACGUCUGAGGACGCGGGGCACGGCGGGGUCCCUUGCAGCAGCCAUGCCAGUGAGCCGGAGGACGGGCCAGGGGAGCCCCGCAUGGAAGGCCGCCUCCGCUGGGGUACGCGGCGCACAGGCUACGCGGAACGCCGGGUUCUGCACCCGGACGCGACCCAGCGACCGGCCCCUGCCCGCGCCUGCAGCCGGUUCUCUCCAACCACGCACAGGCGGGCCCUGAGCCGCGCCCCGCUCUCAGCUGGCGAUGUGCACUUGGACCUGCGGGGUUGUCUUCGCCCCGCACUGGCUCCGACGCGGGUGGGGCGCAGGUUCUUCGGCUGUGUGGACACUGGACUGGAGGUGCCGCUCCCCUCCCAGACCCUCAGGUCUUGGAUGCCGCCGUACUCCUAGCGGCUCCUGCUGACCCCAGCGCGGCAGACGCAGAGCCUCAGCUCCCAGCCUGGGCUGCUGGAGGGGGUGUGUACAGCUGGUCUUUACCCCAUCAGUGGGGCCCGAGCCCAGUGGUACCGAGAGACUUGGUCUGGACCUCCCUGCCUCACCCCAGCAGCUCCCCAGGCGAGGCUUAUGGGCACCAGAUCUAGUGUGGGGCUAGGGCCCGCCCUCCUUCACCGCUUGGGGGGAGGGUAAAAUUUUGCUUAGUAAAUGGUUUGAAUACCCUC